ACAAGUACAAUGAACCGUCAGCGGCGCCAAGCACGCUCGGCACAAAGGAAUGGACGUGCCGACGACAUCGUAUAUCUGAACGUCGGUGGGCACUUCUACACUACAACCAGACGUACUAUUACCCGCUAUCCCAACUCCAGGUUGGGCAGGAUGUUUCGUCCCGGGGCCAAGGGUUUCAACUAUCCACGUUUUCCCUCCUUGUGGGACGAGCAGGGCCAGUUCGUCAUAGAUCGAGACGGAAAGAUCUUCCGACACGUCCUAAACUUCCUCCGGCUUGGCGAGCUGGUUCUUCCCGACGACUUCAGGGAACUCGAUCUGCUCGAGAAGGAAGCUGAGUUCUACGACAUCCAGGAGCUGGUCAAGGCUGUCCGGACCUGGGGAAAGUAUGGAUGUCAACCUGUCGAUUUCAAUGAAGAGCGCAUAUGGUUUUGAGUACAACGAAUGUUCAAGACUUUUUUGUUUGCGAGACAGCAAAAUCUGCAUUUAGUUUAACUCCCUGAGAGCCAAAUACAUGUUUCUUUUCCCAGAGAGUGGUGUUUGUUUUAUUUGUUUUAUUUUCAUUUGUUUUGUUUGUAUGAUGGGAAGUUGUAAAGUCAUUUUGAUAUGUUGAUUUUGACGUGGAAUGUUAUGAGCGUGUUGUUGCGGUCUUGUCGGAAAUAAAGGGACGACAGUCACAACUGUUAAUGUUUUGUCUGUUUAAUCGUGGGAAGGUAGUUUUGUAUGCAAUUAUAAUUAUAAGUGUUAGUUUUGACAUGAAAUAUUAUUAGCGUGUUGUUGCGGUUUUGCUGAACUUUGUACCGUUACUUU